AUGUCGGCAACGGGCUCGGAAUCGCUGCAGCCGCCUGCUCGCGCAAAGAGGCCUGUCACUCAUGGCAUGUCGUAUCCCCGGAAGCGCGCCGUGUCGGCCUGCCAGCUGUGCCGGCGCCGCAAGACCAAGUGCGACAACGUGCGGCCCACGUGCGGCUUCUGCGCCAGCAUUGGCGCGACGUGCGUCUAUCAGGCCUCUCAUACGGAUUAUUCCUCAUUCGACCCCGCCAGCCUGGUCCUGCUGGAGCGGAUCAACCACGUCGUGGCGCUCCUGGAGAGCGGCCGCGCUGCCCGUCCGGAGCCAGCGACCUUGCCCGACCAGCACACCACGGCAGACAUCCUGCCAGACGCGCUGGAGAUCCCCGCUCGAUGCAAUCUCUCGUGCCGCGUCCUGAAGUGGCCCAUCCUCCAAGACUGCGGGUUCGAUCCGGACGCCCUGGACUCGUUGUUUGCAUUGGAGCCGGAGACUGCGCCACCGGGUCUCGAGCGAUCCCAAGGCGUCGUGGAGGAGGAUAUCCCCGCCCACGUCCGGCGGUUCCUGACCAACGUCCACACCAAAAAUCCCGUCGUCGAUCACCGCCAGUUGACCCGGGAUGCCCGCCACAUCGCCGAACACGGGCUCUCGUGGAACGCGCCCACCUGCAUCGUGGUACGUGCGCAGCAGUCCUCAUCGGAUCGUGUCAGGAGACUCGCUGACCAGGCCCCCCAGCUGCUGGCAUGUGCGCUCGGCAUUCUCUCGCAACCCUUCCGCCGGACGACGGUGUCGCAGCCGCGGGAACCGACGGCGGAUCGUGCCCUGGCCGAUGCGUACUAUGCGGCAGCCCGCAAACGCAUCGGCCUGCUGGACCCGUCCUCGCUGUCGUACCUGCAGGCGCGCUUCCUGUCGGGCGUCUAUGAAAUGUACACGCUCCGCCCCUUGGACGCAUGGCAUUCGUUCCACUCCGCAUGCAGCGCCAUGCAGCUGUAUCUGCAGAAAAGGGCACCAGGAAACGAUGAGAUCCGGGAUCUAGAGCAGCGCGUGUAUUGGUCCUGUUUGAAAUCCGAAUGUGAACUCCGCACCGAAAUCAACCUCGCGUCGUCGAGGAUCGCGGAACUGCGCUUCACCGAAGAGUUCCCCACGCCCCCCGUCGAGUCCGUCGAGACACCGGAGGAAUUCCCGCUCGAGGAGAGCUGGUACUACUACCUGACCGAGAUCUCCCAGCGGCACAUCCUGGACCGCAUCAUGAACGCCUUCUACGCCGAGGAAGACGACCGUCGAUGGCUCGACGCGUCCCCCGAGGCCAUGGUCCGGAUGGCGUCGGAACUGGAGCGCCAGCACGUCCUGGCCUUGGCCAAUCUGCCCAGCUGGCUGCGAUACGACGAGGGCCAGCCGGAAGACUGCGAACUGCCGUUUUUCCUCCACUGUCGCAUCUUCUACGUGCAGGAAUGCCUGUUCCGGCCGUUCCUGUUCCGCGUCAUCCAUUCCCCAGUCCCUCAGCCGCCCGCCAUCCAGGACUUCGCCCAGCGCUGUGUCGAAGCAUCCUACAACAACGCCCGGUGCGUCACGCUGCAGCACCGCCAUCACGGCAGCUGGUUCAUGGGCCGCGCGGCCUUCCGCUGCGGCCUGUCCCUCCUGGCGGCCGCGCACAGCGGCAAGGUCGAGAUGCCCCCAGACUGGCGACAGUGUGUGGAGACCGCCCUGGUGACGACGGAAUUCUGGGGCGAGGAAGCCGUUGAUCUCCGCAAGCUGGGCCGGAUCUUCCGGACCAUCUACGAGCGACUAUCCAAGAACGUGGAUUGA